CGCCAUGCGUCCGGGCAGGAAGCGGGCUCGCGCGAACUCGGAAGCGGAGCACCCCGCGCGAGGUCGGGAACGGGGCGGUCGCGGUCCGGCUACCUGCCUCAGACAGUCUUACGGCCGGGAGUCUGGACUGUUCGUUUUUCUGUCUGAGGAGGCGGGAUGGGUGCCACAGGCUCCGUCUGGAGCGACAGCUCUCGAGGACGUAGCUAAGGGCAUCGACCAUGGCGCUGCUUCGGGCCCUCAGGGGCGCGACCUGGCGUUUUCCCGGCCAACUUGCGCGUCAGUCCUCCCGCUCGGCGCGGCCCGGGGAGCGGCCCGGGGGAGAGGAGCUGAGCCGCCUGCUCCUGGAUGACCUGGCGCCUGCCCCGCGCUCCACCGGGGGCCGGGAACUCCUGUUCGGCCUGUCCCCGUGCCUCCUGGCUCUGCGGGCCGCCCGCCGCCGCGUGGCCCGGCUCCUGCUCCAGGCCGGCAGGUCGGGGGUGCGGGGAGAGCGGGCAGAGCUGCUCCGGGCGGCCGAAGCGCGGGACAUUCCGGUUCUGUGGCCCCGGCGGCAGAAGCUGGACGCCCUGUGCCGCCACCAGGUGCACCAGGGCGUCUGCAUGGAGGUGAGCCCGCUGCGGCCCCGGCCCUGGACUGAGGCCGGGGAGGCGAGGCCCGGAGAUGACCCCCAGCAGCUGUGGCUCGUCCUCGAGAGGCUCCAGGAUCCCCGGAAUUUCGGGGCCGUGCUGCGCUCCGCUCACUUCCUCGGAGUGGACCAGGUCAUCACCAGCCGCAGAAACAGCUGCCCGCUCACUCCGGUAGUCAGCAAGGCCAGCGCGGGGGCUAUGGAGGUGAUGGACAUAUUCUUCACCGAUGACCUGGACGGCUUUUUACAGGCCAAAGCCCGGCAGGGCUGGCUCGUGGCUGGCACGGUGGGCUGCCCAGGGCCUGAGAUUUCUGGGUCCUCUGAGAUCCCCAUCACUAGUUGCUUGGAGUUCCUCUGGGACCAGCCUACUCUCCUAGUGCUGGGGAAUGAGGGCUCUGGCCUGUCCCCAGAGGUGCAAGCCUCCUGCCAGCUCCUCCUCACCAUCCUGCCUGGCCGGCAGCUGCCUCCUGGACUGGAGUCCUUGAAUGUUUCCGUGGCUGCAGGAAUUCUUCUUCACUCCAUUUGCAGCCAGAGGAAGGGUUUUCCUGAAGAUGGGAAGAGAAGGAAACAUCUCCGAGACCCCCAAGAACCCUCAGCCAUGGCUGAAGGGCCCAGAUUGCCUCAGCACCCAGGACUGUCCUCAGGAUCAGAAAGAGAGAGGCAAGACGGGGGCUGACUUGAACUGUUCAAGAUGUGUAUGUGCUGGAGGGCAGGGGAUAGGUGGCCCACGCAUCCACAUGGUGAAGUGUGUUGGAAUCUGUUACUUGAGUGUGCACCAGGCUCUGUUCAGUAAUCACUGUCUUGGGAAGCAGGGAGCUUUGCGGUGGAGACCGGAAGAAGUCCCGUUUCCUGUUUUGAGUUUGCAGUUGGAGAUGGUAGCCUGUUAAUUUCUAGGAUGUGCUAGUGGAGAGGGUAUGUUUCCUCCCAGGUCCUGCCUGGACAUCAAGGGGAAGUCUAAACAUCAGAAGGGAGUUGGGCAGCACAGUCCAGGGAUUCUAUUCCUUCGAACCAGUGUGAGAAUGUAGAGGGAGCCAAGGGCUCUUUGUGGGCCAGACAGGUGCAAAUCCAGGCUCACACCCUGCCGCACUGCGGGGCCUUGAGCACGGACUUCAUCUUUAUAUGCCUCAGAGCCCUUGUUGGCACCUCCCUCUCAGGGCUGUUGUGAGGCUCAAAUAAAACCUCAACUGGUGGGCCAUUCUGUUCGAUUCAUCCAUUAGGUGGCAGCCUUGCUCUUUAGUCCAGGGUCUUUUCGGGAAGCUCUUGCAGUCAGCUGGGGAGAUCCCUGGCCGCGGCCUCCAAGAGGCAAGGGAAAGGUUAGCAAACACCUCCCACCCCACUGGCCCUCAAGUCCCCCUGAUGGUGAGUCAGCAGUUAGUCCACCUACACGGAAGGAACCAAUGAAGCCUGGCCUUUGAUUCUGGGAGGUGGCGAGGAUAGGGGUGCUGGUUGUCAUUGGGACCGAUUUGGUACUUGUCCCUCAGGGUCCCGCAGAUGGAACAGAGGCCACAGGUGUAAGUAGUUUAGAAUGGUCUGGGAUGCACAUUGGAACCACCUGACAAGCUUUAAGAAUCAACUGACACUGGGACCGAUCCCCAGAGUCUGAUGUAGGUAGUUGGCUAGGGUGCAGCUGGGCAUCAGGAUUUGCAAAGCCUCCCCCUUCCCCACCACAGGCGUUAUGUGCAGCCCAGGCUGAGAACCUGGAGCAGGGUUUGUCAGUCUCAGCGCUGUUAACAUUCUGGGCUGGAUAAUUCUCUGUUGUGGGGACUGCUGUGCAUUGUAGGAUGUUUAGCAGCAUCCCUGGCCUCUACCUACCAGAUGCCAGUAGCAGCCCCCUUCCUCCAGUUGUGACAACCAAAAAUCUCUCUAGACCUUGCCGUAUGUCCCUGGAGGGUGGGUGGGGGAGUCACCCCUAGUUGAGAACCACUGCUCUGGAGUGUGGAUCUGGAGGACAACAACCCUAAAUUCAAAUCCUGAUUGCUGUGUGACCUGGGGCAAGUUCCUUACCUGCCUGGGCCCCAGUGCCCUCCUCGGUGAAAGGGGGUAACCCUGUCCUUCUGGAUUGCUAGGAGGAUUCAGAGGACACCAGGAACUCGGUGCCUCACGAAGAGUAGGUGCUCAGUAAAUAGUACUGCCCUUUUUCUAUGGACUGCAUUUAUCUUGGAAUUCUAAUGGUAAUGACAAUUUAGAAAGACAUUUGAAUUUGUUUAAAAAGGGCCUAGCCCUAGCUGGUUUGGCUCAGUGGAUAGAGUGUUGGCUUGCAGACCAAAGGGUCCCAGGGUCGAUUCCGGACAAGGGCACAUACCUAGGGUUGUGGGCUCCAUCCCCAGUAGGAGGCAUGCAGGAGGCAGCCAAUCAAUGAUUCUCUCUCAUCAUUGAUGUUUCUAUCUCUCCCUCUCUCUUCCUCUCUGAAAUCAAUAAAAAUAUAUUAAGAAAAACGAAAAAAAUAAAAAGGGCCUAAGUUUGCUUUAAAGUCAAAGUUGAUCCUCUCAAGAAAAGAAGAAACCCCUUCAUAAACUCCACAGAUCACCACUUUAUUGGCACUCUCCAUCCUCCCUUGAACUGUCUGUCCCCAUCUGGCACACAGGCUCUGACCUCCACUGGCACAAGUCAACCUUGGACAUACUACCUGUUUCCUCCAUCCCUGCUGUGCUCUUGGCCAAGAGCCUAGAGUGGCUUUGUACCUUGGCUGCUCUGUAGAGUCAUGGGAUCAGGGAAGGGGGUUAACUUUUAAUAUUCCAGAUCCCAAAGGCACCAGACUGAUGAAAUCAGAAUCUGUGGGGAGCAAGCCAGGUACACGCAUUUCUUGCAGCUCCCCUGCUAGUGUGCAGACAGGUUUGAGAAUCACUGUUCCUCCAGCUACCCGCUCAUAUCCAAGAAACCUCUACCAAAUCAUUCACACCGUGCUUUUGAGGGCAUGUCUGGAAGCACAUGCUAGGCAACCUUUCAUCUGUCCCUAAAGUUUUUUAGAAGAUGCUGGCUCUAGCCCUGGCUCCAUGGCUUCUUACCUAGAUGGCUUCUCAGUCUCCACACCUGUAAAAUGGAAAUGGCACCAUCAGCACCUGCUCCAGCUGCCCCCUCCCCAGCAGAGAUGU